AUGUCGCGCCAGCUGAUUUCGAGCGAGAAGUUCCCUCCCAAGCCUCACAAUAGCCCUGCAACCAAGGUUCCCGGACUGGUUUUCUGCGCCGGUCAGACAGCUACCGGAGAGAUUAAGCAAGCCACCCGCACUGUCCUCCAGAACCUCAAGGAAGUCCUGGAACUUUCCGGAUCCUCGCUUGAACAAGUCGUCAAGUACAAUGUUUACCUGGCGGAUAUGAAGGACUUUGCUGCCAUGAACGAGGUGUACAUUGAUUUCCUGCCCCAGCCCAUGCCGUCCCGUUCCUGCCUGCAGGCGGUUCCCCCUGGCGAUGGCACUGUCAUCGAGAUUGAAUGCAUUGCUCAGGCGUAA